UGUUGAGUCAGAGCACGGACUUCUAUUUCUGUUUGGAGAAACUCACAGUCACUGCUACGAGGUGAAAUGGCGCAGAAACAUGUUAAGCUGGUUCGGGAAACUUUCUCUUGUUCGAUCUGUCUGGAUCUACUAAAGGAUCCGGUGACUAUUCCCUGUGGACACAGCUACUGUAUGGACUGUAUUCAACGCCACUGGGAUGGAGAGGAUGGGAAGCGAAUCCAGAGCUGCCCUCAAUGUAGAAAGACUUUCACACCGAGGCCUGUCCUGCUGAAAAACACCAUGUUAUCAGAUUUAGUGGAGCAAAUGAUGAAGACUGGACUCCAAGCUGCUCCUGCUGAUCACUGCUAUGCUGGACCUGAAGAUGUGGCCUGUGAUGUCUGCACUGGGAGAAAACUGAAAGCCCUCAAGUCCUGUCUGGUGUGUCUGGUCUCUUACUGUGAGAAACACCUUCAGCCUCAUUAUAACUCCUCUGCGUUUGAAAAGCACAAGCUGGUGGAGCCUUCCAAGAAUCUCCAGGAGAACAUCUGCUCUCAUCAUAAUGAGGUGAUGAAGAUGUUCUGUCGUACUGAUCAGAAGUGUAUCUGUUAUCUCUGCACUCUGGAUGAACAUAAAGGCCACGACACAGUCUCAGCUGCAGCAGAAAGGACUGAGAGGCUGAAAGAGCUCGAGGGGAAUCAACAAAACAUCCAGCAGAGAAUCCAGGACAGAGAGAAAGAUGUGAAGCUGCUUCAACAGGAGGUGGAGGCUAUCAAUCGCUCUGCUGAUAAAGCAAUGGAGGACUAUGGCGAGAUCUUCUCCAGUCUUAUCCGUUUCAUUAAUUACAGAAGCUUUGCUGUGACUCAUCAGGUCAGAUCGCAGCAGGAAACUGAAGUGAGUCGAGUCAAAGAGCUUCAGGAGAAGCUGGAGCAGGAGAUCACUGAGCUGAAGAGGAAAGACGCUGAGAUGAAGAAGAUCUCAGACACAGAGGAUCACAACCAGUUUCUACACAACUACUCCUCACUGUCACCACUCAGUGAAUCUACAGACUCAUCCAGCAUCAGUAUCCGUCCUCUGCGUUACUUUGAGGAUGUGACAGCGGCUGUGUCAGAAGUCAGAGACAAACUAAAGGAGCUUCUGUAUGAGACGUGUACGCACAUCUCCCAGGCUGUGAUUGAAGUGGAUGUUUUACUGUCAAAUCCACAACCAGAGCCCAAGACCAGAGCUGAAUUCUUAAAAUUUGCACGCAAACUCACACUGGAUCCAAACACUGUUAACCCAGAGCUGGUUUUAUCUGAGGGGAACAGAAAAGUAACCGUAGCGCAAAAACCACAGAGAUACCGCCGUCAUCCAGACAGAUUUGAUAUUAUGCGUCAGGUCCUGAGUAAAGAGAGUCUGACUGGACAGUGUUACUGGGAGGUGGAGUGGAGAGGCUGUGAAGUUGAUGUGGUAGUUGCAUACAAGGAUAACCCCAGAAAAGGGGACUCAGAUGAAUGUAUAUUCGGACACAAUGAGAAAUCUUGGAGAUUAACAUGUGACGAAGACAGAUAUAUAUUUUAUCACAACAAUGAUAGCAGUCUCAGCUCAGUUCUUCCAUCCUCCAAACUAGGAGUGUACCUGGAUCACAGCGCAGGUACUCUGUCCUUCUACAGAAUCUCUGAAACCUAUUCUAUGGGUCUCCUCCACAGAGUCCAGACCACAUUCACUCACCCGCUCUACGCUGGACUUAGUUUUCAUUACGAUAUUGGAGAUACUGCUGAGUUCUGUAAAAUGUAA